AUGAACAGCAACAACAGCAACAACAUAUCGAACUUGUCUGCCGGCUUGCGAAACAUCCAUCUCUCUGCGUCGGACCACCACAUCGACAACGAGGGGAACUUCUCUGCCAACCCGGACAUCAACAAGCAGCAGCAGCAGCAGCAGCAGCAGGCAGAGACGGAAACCUCAGAGUUGCGGGAGUUCUUCAGCAACCCGACCCCGACAGAUGGCUUCUCACUAAUAACCCACCGGUCGGCGCCAAACGGGUUCAAAAUCGCCAUCGUGCUCUCCGAGUUGAACUACAACUACAGAACCAUCCACCUGGACUUCAACAAGAACGACCACAGGCUCCCGCAGUUCCUCCAGUUGAACCCUAACGGCCGCGUACCCGCCUUGAUCGACCACACCGUGCCCAACCUGAACAACGUCUCCUUGUGGGAGUCGGGCUCGAUUAUCAUCUACUUGGUCAACAAGAAAUGCAAGGAGGACAACAACGUCUGCCCGCAGAUCUGGUCCAACAACCUUAUAGAGCAGAGCCAGAUUCUGUCGUGGCUCUUCUUCCAGACGUCGGGCCAUGCGCCGAUGAUCGGCCAGGCUCUCCAUUUCCGCUACUUCCAUACCAUCAACGUGCCCUCCGCAAUAGACAGAUACACCGACGAGGUGAGACGUGUCUACGGCGUUCUGGAAAUGGCCUUGAGCGAACGCAGAGAAGCCCUAAUCAUGGAGCUCGACUCCGAAAACGCAGAAUCCUACUCCUCGGGCCUCACCCCGCUGAGCCAGUCCAGAUACUUCGACUCGCCCGUCUGGCUAGUUGGAGACCGUUGCACCAUUGCGGAUCUUUGCUUUGUCCCCUGGAAUUACGUCGUCGACAGAAUAGGCAUCGAUCUAAAGGCAGAGUUCCCCGAAGUUUAUAAAUGGACCAAAAGAAUGAUGCGCCGCCCGGCAGUCGUACGUGCCUUGACUGAGGCAUGA